CUCUGCCAGGGGCUGGGAGGCAGAAGAGCCUGGGACACUGUCCCUGUUCUCAGGACAUUUGGUGUGCAACAGAAGAGGCAGAAUAGGACCACAACAGCAAGCCCAGAGCAAACAAGGACGAGAAGCUGCGUCAUUCCAAUGCUACGGACCCCUGGGUGCAGCACCUCACCCUGCCUGGAAGUUCAGGACACAUCCCAGAAGCUGCAUCAUUCCAACAGCAUGGAUCCCUGGCUGGUGUACCCCAGUGACUUCCGGCUCACGGACAAGGAGAAAAGCAGCAUCUGCUACCUGUCCUUUCCUGACUCCCACUCAGGCUGCCUGGGGGACACUCAGUUCAGCUUCCGAAUUCGUCAGUGUGGAGGGCAGAGGAGCCCCUGGCACGACGACAGGCACUAUGACACUGGGGCUCCCGUGUCACUGCAGAGGGAGCCGGCACACUACUUUGGCUACGUGUACUUCAGGCAGGUGAAGGACAGCUCUGUGAAGAGGGGCUACUUCCAGAAGUCUCUGGUGCUGGUGUCCCGCCUGCCCUUUGUCCGGCUGUUCCAGGCGCUGCUGAGCCUGAUCGCCCCUGAGUACUUUGACAAGCUCGCCCCCUGCCUGGAAGCAGUGUGCAAUGAGAUUGACCAGUGGCCGGCCCCCAUGCCCGGGCAGACCCUGAACUUGCCUGUCAUGGGAGUCAUCCUCCAGGUGCGCAUCCCUUCCAGGGUGGACAAGCCUGAAUCUAGUGCUCCGAAGCAGUGUGGCCACGAGAACCUGCUGCCAGCCCCAGUGGUCCUCUCCAGCGUGCAUGAGCUAGACCUGUUCAGGUGCUUCCAGCCUGUGCUGGCCCACGUGCAGACGCUGUGGGAGCUCAUGCUCCUCGGGGAGCCCCUGGUGGUCCUGGCGCCCUCGCCCGCCAUGUCCUCGGAGAUGGUGCUGGCCUUGACCCGCUGCCUGCAUCCCCUGAAGUUCUGCUGUGACUACCGCCCCUACUUCACCAUCCAUGACAGCGAGUUCAGGGAGUUCACCACGCGUACACAGGCCCCACCAAACGUGGUCCUGGGAGUCACAAACCCUUUCUUUAUCAAAAUGCUCCAGCACUGGCCCCACAUCCUUCGUGUCGGGGAGCCCAGGAUGUCAGGGGACCUUCCUAAGCAGGUUAAGCUGAAAAAGCCCUCAAGGCUGAAAACCCUUGACACCAAGCCAGGCCUCUACACUGCAUACACGGCCCACCUCCACCGAGACAAGGCGCUGCUCAAACGGCUGCUCAAGCAGGGCCUGCAGAAGAAGCGGCCGUCAGACAUGCAGACCGCGCUGCUGAGGCGGCACCUCCUGGAGCUCACACAGAGCUUCAUCAUCCCCCUGGAGCACUACAUGACCAGCCUCAUGCCCCUGCAGAAGAGCAUCAUGCCCUGGAAGGUGGGGGUCGAGACCCCUCCCCAGAUCCGUCCCUUCCGCCAGGAUGACUUCCUGUGUAGCCUGGAGCACGCGGGGCCCCAGCUCACCUGCAUCCUCAAGGGUGACUGGCUGGGCCUCUACAGGAGGUUUUUCAAGUCCCCACAUUUUGAUGGCUGGUACCGGCAGCGGCACAAAGAGAUGGUCCAGAAGCUGGAGGCCCUGCACCUCGAGGCCAUCUGUGAGGCGGUGAGGGGCCUGAGGGGGAAGCAGAACAUCGAGGCCUGGAUGAAGGACAAGUCCGAGGUGGAGAUCGUGGACCUGGUCCUGAAACUUCGGGAGAAGCUGGUGUGGGCACAGGGCCACCAGCUCCCUGUGAAGGAGGCGACGCUGCAGCGGGCACAGCUGUACAUCGAGACCAUCAUCGGCUCCCUGCCCAAGGACCUUCAGGCUGUCCUGUGCCCUCCCUAGGACGGGGCCAAGGGAUGUGGUCCAGGGGUCUGACUGCCUCUGGGGGCCUGGGCUGGCUGAGCUUUCCCUUCCCCAGGGAAAGGCAGCCCCACCAGGCUCCCUGCUGCUCCCGGGUUGGCCCCUGCCCGGCACUACCAUCGUCCCAGCAGUAAAGGUGACAUUUGAAACCGCA